AUGCAGCGUGCCCCCGAGAUCAUCACCGUCAGGUCGACGCGUCGUGUUGAUGAGGACGCCCUCUGUCUCAGUCUGCUACAGGCCGACUGGUCUGAGCUCGACGCCGCUCAAUCUAUCACCGACAAGUGGGACAGGUUUCUGGCUGUAUGGGACCCGAUUAUGAACCACUACAUGCCAUUGAAGACCAUCAAGCUGAAGCACAGGCCGAGCCCAUGGAUGGAGGAUGAGGCUGUGAAGGAGGCGAUGGCGGCCCAGCCGUCGCUGAUGGGGCGGCCCUGUUUGAGCUACGUGAUUGUGUUGGACAGGUCGUCUCCGGACGAGUUCGGCCGCGAGUCGGCCUCCAAACGCUCCCGCAGCGCCUCGCUCGAGGACGACGCGUGCGGCCGGUCGUCACACACGUCGAAGAAGAAGAAGCACCACCAACGCUCCCAGAGUCACAAACAUAAGCACUCCAGCAGCAAACACAAGAAACACAAGCGAGACCGGGACAGACGUGACCGCGACCGGGAUCACUCGCGGUCGUUGGUGUCCCCGCGGCACAGUGACGGAGAGAGGGUCAGCUCGUCCGCCCCGGUGCCGCCGCCACCGCCGGCCGUGUCGAACGGCGCGCCGCUCCCCGUGACGCCUCCGGCGCCGGUGAGCCGUCCGGUGGAGGUAGAGGACUCGUCGGACGAUGAGGCACGCCGGCGACGCCCGUCCAUACCGCUCAGCCAUGAGGACACCAUUGACGCCAUGGACAUGCCGCACGUGUACCAGCCGGCGGCGCUCAACAGUUUCGUCAGCUCGCCCAUGUACGCGCCGCUGGAGAGUCUGCCCAGCCAGCAGCUGCCGGCCGUCAACCUGCCCAAGGACGCUGUCUACAAGCCGAGCAGGGACUACGUCCCCGUUCAACCGCAACCCGUCAAGAUGGCGUCUACCGGGUCGUCUCCGGACGAGUUCGGGCGCGAGUCGGCUUCAAAACGCUCCCGCAGCGCCUCACCCGAGGACGACGCGUGCGGCCGGUCGUCACACACGUCGAAGAAGAAGAAGCACCACCAACGCUCCCAGAGUCACAAACAUAAGCACUCCAGCAGCAAACACAAGAAACACAAGCGAGACCGGGACAGACGUGACCGCGACCGGGAUCACUCGCGGUCGUUGGUGUCCCCGCGGCACAAUAACGGAGAGCGGGUCAGCUCGCCCGCCCCGGUGCCGCCGCCACCGCCGGCCGUGUCGAACGGCGCGCCGCUCCCCGUGACGCCUCCGGCGCCGGUGAGCCGUCCGGUGGAGGUAGAGGACUCGUCGGACGAUGAGGCACGCCGGCGACGCCCGUCCAUACCGCUCAGCCACGAGGACACCAUUGACGCCACGGCGCGGGUGAGUAUUAUAUAG